AUGGCGGCCGGCGUGCAGCGGCAGAACAAUGGACCGCAAUCUUCGCAGUUCGCCAUGUCGCCUUUCGCGUCUUCCUCUCAUUUUGCCACUCCUCAUGCGCCUGCGCCCAUCAUGCAGCAGUCCGCAUUCGUCCCCAACGAACAACCCGCAUACCACUCCCCGUAUGCGCCUCAGUCAUACCAGUCCCAGGCAUCCUCGUCCUCCCUUCGCCCGAUCGCCCCAGCAUCACGCCCCAACGGCAACUCCAUCAUCGACCUCACCAGCUCGCCCUCUCCCCCGCCCCUUGCGCGUGCUGUCAACAACAAGCUGCCGGAUUCUUUGCCACCAAAGACACCGGUUUGCAUCGGCCAGCUAGCUGUGAAGGCGCUCAUCCUGUACCCCACGCCAUAUACACAGCCGCAAGAAGGCGAACCGGAAUGGGUUCCAGUGCGACUGCAGUACGAGCGAGCUCCCCACGCGGAACACAAGGAAACUAUACACAUCAAGGAGCCAGGUCAUCGAACAGCUUCUGGGCAGACGACCGGAGGCACGGACUUUGGCUUGGUCGAGCAGAAGGUCGCGACGACGCUCGGUCCGAUGCUUGGUAAAGGUCUCAUUCGCCUUGACGCGCUCGUCAAAAGAAUGAAUACCCUCGCCCCCAUUCUUGAUCUCCAGCUUCUGGUGCAUACACCCAAGGGAAACAUACCCGCGGUGGGAAACUACUUCAGCCAAUGCAGCCUCUGGCUCAGUCACAUGUCCGCCCCCUUCGACCUCUCGCGCCUCUCCGUCAUGCACUAUUACAACCCGCACGAUAAUCCCAUGAACCCGAACUUCUAUGCGCAACACGCGCAGCGUCCGUAUAACGGUGGCGGCGGCGGUCGAUGGAGUACUCCGGCUGUAUCGGGAAAAAGCGUCGAGGUCCAGCGAAGCCAAGUGGAUGAGCUCUUCAAAAGCUUACAGGGCGGAGAUAAUCUUCCCGAAACGGAGCCCGCCCAGGAGGUCGCGACUACCCUCUACCCUCACCAGAAGCAGGCACUUACUUUCCUUCUCCAACGCGAGCGCGAGAUCAAAUGCGAGGAUGGGGGCUAUUCGUCUUUGUGGCAAGUUCGCACCAACGUGCACACACUGCAGAAGAGCUGGUUCCAUGCUGUCACGAACAAGGUCGUCAACGAGGAACCGAUCGAGGCCAAGAGCGCCAUUCUCGCCGAUGAUAUGGGUCUUGGCAAGACGAUUACCUGCGUCUCCCUCAUCGCGAAUACUCUGAAGUCUGCGCACGCUUUCGCGAAUACUCCCCUCGAACGCGCACCUCCACCGCCAGGUAGCAAUGGUGCAGACGACCACGACGGCUCGCAGUUUGCUGGCUCCGUUUGGGGCAUGCCAACGCAGUACGGCGGCAUAUCCGCGAAGGAGAAGGCGAAACAACAGCGCCUGACCGAGCGACAGCAAGCCGACUACGCGAGGUGCUGUCGCAUCAAGGCGAAGAGCCGCGCAACGUUGAUUAUCUGCCCUCUGUCGACCGUGUCUAACUGGGAGGACCAGUUCAAGGAGCAUUGGCGGGGUGAGGUCCGCGUGACCGGAGGCGCGAGCGGGACUUGUGUGCCCAUCGCCUUCUCGUCCAUGUCCCUCCAGUCCGCGCCGGGUACACCGUCAGAUCACUCCGUCUCUCCGUAUCAGCCUGGCGGCCCGUUCAAGGUGUACGUGUACCAUGGCAAUGCGCGCCGUCCGGACCCCGCCUUCUUGGCCGACUUCGACGCAGUCAUCACGACGUACGCGACCCUCGCUACGGAGUUCUCGAAGCAGUCGAAGAGCAUCGCGAAUCAGGAGGCCGAGUGCGACGAGGAUAGCGACAAUGACAGCGGCGGAGUUGAAUACGACGAGCGCGGCAAUCCUACCCUCAGACUGCCCAAGCAGAGGGCGGGCAUGAAGCGUAAGAAGCCCUGCGGUACGGCGGAGCAGCCCAGCCCAUUGCAGAGCAUACACUGGUUCCGUGUCGUGCUUGAUGAGGCGCACUGCAUCAAGGAGACCAGCACCGUCGCCAGCCGCGCCUGCUGCGACCUUAUGGCGGACCGUCGGCUGUGCUUGACGGGGACGCCUGUGCAGAACAAGUUGGACGACGUGUAUGCGCUCAUCAAGUUCCUGCGACUCGAGCCUCUGGACGAUAAGAAUGUCUGGACGGACAUGGUCGGCAGCCCCGUCAAGUUUGCGCAGCCCAUCGGCAUCGCUCGCCUGCAGACGAUCAUGAAGUGCAUCACCCUGCGUCGUACUAAGGAGACAAAAGCCGACGACGGUCGCAAGAUUCUCAACCUGCCGCCUCGCCGCGACGAACUGCGCUACCUCAAGUUCGACGAGCAGGAGCAGACCAUCUACGACGAGUUCUUCCAGUCCUCGAAGGCCGAGUUUAACGAGAUGUCGGACAACAACGAGGUCAUGAAGAACUAUGUCGGCAUCCUGCAGAAGAUCCUGCGUCUGCGCCAGAUCUGCGACCAUUUCGAGCUCGUGCAGGACAAGGAGGCCGCCGCGCAGAUUUGCCCCGCGUCGUACGAGAACCUCGUCGCCGAGAUCAUGAAGGACGGUCUCACCUUCGACCGCGCGAUGGCCGUCUUCACGCUCUUCCGCGAGGCGUCGACGACGCAGUGCGUCGAGUGCGGCUACGAACUCUGCAAGGCCGGUGAGAAUACGGAGGGCUUCGACUGCGACAACCCGCCGCCUGCCAAGCGAGGUCGCAAGCCAAAGAAUCCAGCCGGCAGCUCACGCGGCCCGACGCGCGCCAGCAGCCCCACGUCCGCGAGACCCAUCGUCACCCGCUGUCAGCACCUUUUCUGCAUCGAAUGCUACAAGCACUCCGUGUGCCCCGGCUGGCCAAGCGUCCCGCCUGACACGCGGCGCGUGUGCUCGGUGUGCCAGACGAGUCUCUGUCCUGCAGACGCCGUCGAGGUGAAGGUGGAGUACGAGAAUGCGGCCCUCGCGGCGGCGAAGAAGAAGACGGGCAGGCGCGAGCGAAGGCAGAAGGGCUCGAACCUGGCGAACUUCAGACCGUCGACGAAGGUGCGCGCGUUGAUGGGCGACCUGAUCAUGUUCUCGCGGGCGAACCCGCACUCGGCGAACUAUGACCCGGAGUCGAUUGAGGUGCGGAUGACGGACGGGCAGGGGAAUGAGAUCGAUGAGGGUGUGACAAAGACGGUGGUCUUCUCGCAGUGGACGACGAUGCUUGACAAGAUUGAAGAGGCGUUGGAUGUCGCUGGUAUCCGCUAUGACCGCUUGGACGGUACGAUGAAGCGCGACGACCGUACGCGCGCCAUGGAUGCGCUGAAGUACGACCCUGGCUGCGAGGUCCUGCUCGUCAGUCUCAAGGCUGGUGGUGUGGGUCUUAACCUUACCGCCGCUUCGCGCGUCUACCUCAUGGACCCUUACUGGAAUCCCGCCGUUGAGAACCAAGCCGUCGAUCGUAUUCAUCGCCUUGGUCAGACCCGCCCCGUCACCACCGUCAAGCUCAUCAUCGAGAAUACAAUCGAGGCGCGCCUGCUGGAGGUGCAGAAGAAGAAGACUGCCCUCGCCAACAUGACGCUCGACAGGCAGAGUUUCAGCAAGGCCGAGCUCAUGCAGCGCCGCAUGGAAGAGCUCCAGGACCUCUUCUCCUGA